GCGAAAGCAGAAAUCCUGAAAUGCCCGGAGUUUUUUGGCCAGUAUGGCAAGUUGCAAAGGGUGACGGUCAGCAAGCUGCCAGUGCAGUCGAAAUCCCACGGGAAUGAGAAGAGCGUGCCUGUCUACAGCGCGUAUUUAACGUUCGAGAAGCCAGAGGAUGCCUAUGUGGCAAUCCAGGCAGUGGACGGAUUUGCUGUGGACGGCCACAUGCUCCGAGCAAACUUCGGAACCACCAAGUACUGCCGCAAGUUUCUUGAGGGAGAAAAAUGUGAGCGCAAGGAUUGUAAUUUCUUGCACAAGCUGGUGGAAGAAAACCAUGACAACUCAUGGAAGGGCAAAGGGAAGGAUGGCAAAGAUGGCAAGGGCAAUCAUGGCUGGGGAUGGCAUGGAAACUGGGAGGAUGCCAAGGGUAGCAAGGAUGGCAAGGGCAAUGGGAAGGGCAAGGAGGGCAAAGACGGCAACAGCAAGGGUAAGGAGGGAAAGGAGGGUAAGGCCAAAGAGGCCAAGGAUAGCAAAGACAGAGGUUGGAAGGACUGGAACAACUGGAAGGACGGGUGGAAGGAUUGGAAUCAGGAGAAGGAGUGGAACUGGAAUCAGGACAAGGCCUACAGAAAGGAUGGAACUUGGGGGAAGGGGAAGUGGAAAGACACGGGCAAGGAUGGCAAGGGUGGCAAAGACAGAGAAGCUGUGAACGGCUACGAGGCGCAGCCGGAAGGUGCGCCUGAAGCGCCGGAGCUGCAAGGAGCCGGUGAGGCUUUCAGCAACUCUGCUGCUAGCAGGUCUGCGCCGCAAGAGACGCAAGAAGCGCCGCAAGAGGCGCCGCAGGAGGUGCCGCAGGAGACGCCGGAGAAGCCGCCCAAGGCGGCGCCAUCUGCACCACCCACAGUCACUCCUGCUGCCAAAGCCAAAUUGCAGCCUGCUUCCCAACCGCCGUCAAUGCCUCCAGCGCAAGCGCCGGCGGCGGCGGCGGCGCCGGCGGCUGCGCCGGCCGCCCCGGUGCCACCUGUGCAACCGGUGCCAAGUCAGCCGGCGCAGCCGCCAACUCAGCCACCGCAAAAAGCACCACAGCAGCCUCCGCAGCAGCCGCCACAGCAACCUCCUCAACAGCCGCCACAGCAGCGGCCACACCAGCCACCUCAGCUGCCACCGCAACAGCCACCACAACACAGCCACCGCAGCAGCCUCCACAGCAACCUCCACAGCAACCUCCACAACAACCUCCACAGCAGCCUCCACAACAACCUCCACAACAACCACCGCAGCAGCCACCACAGCAGCCUCCGCAACAGCGACCACAGCAAGCUCCUCAAGCGCUGCCACAGGAACUGCCACCCUCCACACCACAAGCACCUCCAUCUCAGCCUCCACUGCCUCAGCAGCUGCCGCAACAGGCGCCGCCCUCGAGUCCUCCGACCUGGGUCCCAGAGCAACCCAAGGCAGAGGCGAGGCCUGGUGCCCUGUGGGAGGCAGAGCUACAGCCGGAACUGGAAGGCCAAGCCUUCGCAUCCAGGCUCGAGCCUUCCCGACCAGUUCUGGGAAGUGCUCCUGGUGCCUUACAGGCAGGAAUGUUUGCAGGCCUGCAAAACCUGCCAGUGCACAGAGAGCGGGCAGCUACAGGCCCCGAGGAGGAAACCCUGGAAUCAGUCCUGGCCGACCUCCCCGCAGCCCCGGACCGGCCAGUGGACGAGGCUGGACAGCGCGGCCCUGGUCUUGGUGUCUUCACGAGCACAAGUGUUCUGGAAGCGGCGCAGGCUGGCAAAGGCCAUCUGCUGA